AUGGCUCCUUCACCCUUGGUCACACUUUUUUUUGUUGGUUGGACCCACAUUCUACUCUAUGGCGUCAAUGCUGUUCUGUUCAUCGUGGGGAUGUACCUCCUUCGACAACGGAAAGCUCGGGAAGGCACCAUGUUCCUAGUUGUAUCCUCCUCUGUACUAUUCGCCCUGGCGACGGUCUCUGCUAUAAUCAGCACAUCACUGGUGGUCGGGGAAUACCUCAGUAUACCUUUGCCUGGUACUAGUCCUACUUCGAUCAAUCUCCAGGCAUGCAGUAUCAUCGAAUUCGUACUUUUUGGUCUUAUCGACUUGACUGCAUUCAUCAUAUUGGUCUAUCGUUCUUUCCAUAUUUGGGACCGUCGUUAUCUCGUUAUUGUUGUCCCAGUGCUUCUUUUCCUAGGAGCAAGCGCUCUUUACUACUACGAACUGCACCAGUAUCUUAUUACGCAGCAGUUCGUAACAGCCGGUUCCCCGGCGGGGCUCAUUACAACGACAUUUGUAUAUACGACCACUGAACUCUCUGUGGAUACGGUAUCCCAUGCAUUGUUAACCUAUCUAAUUGCUCGUCGGAUAUGGACUCUGAAAACAUGCCUACAGGACCUCGGGCAUGAGGGAAUUGCAGGUACUCUACCGCAGAAAUACAACUCAAUCAUCGCUAUAACGUUGGAAUCGGGAAUGAUCAUUCCAACGUUUACGAUUAUCUUCACUGUUUUCAAUGUCAUUAAUGCCAAGACUGGUGCCCACGGCGAUGUUACUGCUAUUUUGUCGACCAUUAUGCCUCAGAUCUAUGCCCUUGCCCCUCUGAUAAUCAUGAUGCGUGUUACAUUAGGACUCACAGUGGAGCGUUACAACGCCGGCAACCCAACUGUCCUAAGUUCAUUAUCCUUCGGAGCACGGACUAGUCAAGGUCGCGGAUCGCUUCUGCCUGCGUUAAAUGUUCAUGGAGAUGGCUCAGUGCCAGUAUCUGGCACCUCGCCAUCGGACUUGCAAGAUCUGGAACAAAACUCAGUUUCUAAAGGACAAGCAAUAUAA